AUGCCCUUUCCACACUCUCUCUCUGGGGAACUUGCAAGAUGGAAGCUGAUGUGGAUAGAACACACUGACACUGGUGACAAUAUACUGCCUUCUAACUUUCUCCAGUCACUAGGAGCUUGUGAUUCACAGUCACUUCCAAAUGUAUACCAUCUCUUAGAUAUCGGAUGUACCCUGCCAAUCACCAGCUCAGAAGCAGAAAGGACAUUUUCACUGCUUCGUUGUCUAAAGACCUACACAAGAUCGACACUCAACGAGGAGCACUUUUCAGACUUGGCUGUUAUUGCCAUGCACUACGCCCAGAGAAUACCAGUGUCUGACAUAAUUCAAGCUUUUAUUCAGCAACAACCGAGAAGAAUUUAUCAACGAUCAGUUCAAGACUAG